UUGCUAUUGCUUUCUCCAGCUUUUCCAUUAACACUCCUUUUAUGCCUGUAUAUGCAUUUCACUAUUUAGGAGAUAACUCAAGAGAAAGAGAGUUAGGGGUUCUGAGCCUCACAGGUCGGGGGCGAGGCAUUCGGAGUCUCGGACAGUGCCCCAGCGGGCGGUGGCUCUCUGAGUCGUGGUCGUCGGUGUUGCUAUCGCCACGCUGCGAGUGAUGACCGUGAGAGUGUGAGACCGUCUAUUGACGAGUAGCUACGCACGCUGCAAUAGAUCUUGGAGUCCAGCCUGCGCUUCCGUCUAGUCCGGGCCGUCCGGCAGUUUCUCUGCCUCUGCGGCUCUGCCAAUAGGAUAUAGUGAAAGACUGGAAGAUGAAGAAGCAGACAAGCAUUGAUUCUCAUUUUAAGAGAAAAACUAUUGAUUUGAGUUGUAGUCCGAGUAAUUCAAUCAAUGCAGAAACUCCAAAUGUGGAAGUUACAAAUACUUCCAAAUAUCUGGGUCGUUCUAGUCUUUCAUUUGAUAUCAAGAAUCUGGAACGUGAUCCCGCAAAACGCCCUCAGAUAUGGGAAUAUCCUGUUAAUCAAAGAGAUGAAGUUAUUCGAGCAUAUUUGGAGAUGGGGCCAUAUCAAAUACAUUUAUCGAAGUAUCCCCUAUCCGUUGAAGGAGCGCCGGGCACAAUUCUAAGGUGUCAAGAGUGGAACUGAUGGAUGAAGUUCAAGUGCGAGCAAUUACUGUCGCAAAUGGGAAAAAAUUGUGAGAAAGUACAACUCCAAUGUUUGAAUUUAUAUGCACAGACUUCUCGGAAGAAUCAUCAGACUGAUCAUCAUCAGGCCGAGUUGUCACUGGUUUCUGUGGCUGGGUGGCUCUCUUACCGUUACCCUUACUUGGCUUAGUCCCCUAGGAAGGUCUAGCUGGGCUUUGCUGAACCAUAAAGACUGUUCUCUUAAGCGACUCUUUGUAGACGAUGACUGCCUUAUCCCUCGGGUCUGCUAGAUCGAGUAGUGAGUCCGGGAUAGGCAGUGCUGCAGCUUUGUUGUUGUCUCUCUGGAAAUAUUUCACCUUGGGGGCGGUGAAGUGGUUGUCCUCCUUACGCUUCAGCAUUGUCAAGCUAAGCUCCCUGGUUUGAUUAUCAAGCUUCCAAACUCAUUGCUUUUUAUUGUCAAGCCUCUUUAUUUCUAGUUUUGUGCUUUUUUAUUGCUAGCGGAACACUUCUCUACACAAGUGUUUACUUCAACGUGUUUCUUCUGCUCAAGAGUGCAUAAUUUUUAGCCAGAUACCCUAAUGUUAAACAAUUAGCUCUAAAGGGCAAGAUUUCAACCCUUUUCAUAAUGAUGUACUGUUCUUUGCUUAUAGUCUGCUAAAUGGCGUCGGAUCAGGCUCCAGGUAAGUCUUCCCUUUGGUUUCUUUAUAUCAAAUAAUUUUAGAAAGGAGGGUUAUGUGCUUAAAUGUUUUGAUAUUUUGUUAUCUAUCCCUAAACUAUUUCCCUAAACUAUUCUGCUGUUUGUGCUUGGACUAUAGAAUACUGCUGGAUACUAUAGAAUACUGCUGGAUCUGUCACACAGAUUAUGAAUCUGGAGAUGAGUUGACCAUGUAUUGGCCAUGCUUUCACUAUUUACAUGCCAAUUGCUAUCGGCAGCUUCUCUCUUCUAUUCAUAAUAAGUGUGCAUGUGGUGGACGGGUGGGAACCGUGGGACCUUGGACUGUUUCUUUCCUUAUUCCUGAUACAUAUGCUGAUAUCGAACAUGUUUUAUAGAGUUGUCGUCAACGAUACACAGAUGAACUCCGGCUAAUGGAGGUGCAGACAUGUGGAAACUGUCUCAACAGUUUCAUACCGGGAGAAACUAUCCGUAUGUAUCUGCCAUGUGGGCAUCUUAUACACGACUCAUGUUAGUAUCGCAGGGUAAGUCUGGGUCAAAAUUGGGUUCUCAAGUAUACAUGCUACCGUUGCCAUGUGGGCUUACUAUUAAUAGUGGGUGUCAACACCCUUGCCACAAUAGCAUGUAUACUUGAGAACCCAAUUUUGACCCAGACUUACCCUGCGAUAGUAACAUGAGUCGUGUACAAAAUGCCAACAUGGCACAUACAUACGGAUAGUUUCUCCCGAUAUGAAACUGUUGAGACAGUUUCCACAUGUCUGCACCUCCAUUAGUCAGAAUUCAUCUGCGUAUCGUUGACGACAACUCUCUAAAACAUGUUCGAUAUCAGCAUUUGUAUCAGGAAUAAGGAAAGAAAUAGUCAAGGUCCCACAGUUCCCACCCGUCCACCACAUGCACACUUAUUAUGAAUAGAAGAGAGAAGCUGUCGAUAGCAAUUGGCAUGUAAAUAGUGAAAGCAUGACCAAUACAUGAUCAACUCAUCCAGAUUCAUAAUUUGUGUGACAGAUCCAGCAUUAUCCUAUAGUUCAAGCAAAAAUAGCAUAAUAGUUUAGGGAUAGAUAACAAAAUAUCAAAACAUUUAAGCACAUAACCAUCCUUUCUAAAAUCAUUUGAUAUAAAGAGACCAAAGGGAAGACUUACCUGGAGCCUGAUCCGAUGCCAUUUAGCGACUACAAGCAAAGAACAAUACAUCAUUAUGAAAAGGUUUGAAAUCUUGCCCUUUAGAGCUAAUUGUUUAACAUUAGGGUAUCAGGCUAAAAAUUAUGCACACUCUUGAGCAGAAGAAACACAUUGAGGUAGACACUUGUGUAGAGAAGUGUUCCGCUAGCAAUAAAAAAACACAGAACCAGAAAUAAAGAAGCUUGACAAUAAAACGCACAGUUUAUGCAAUGAGUUUGGAAGCUUGAUAAUCGAACCAGGGAGCUUAGCUUCAUUCAACUAAGGAGAAAUUCACAUUUGUCUGUUUACUUUGCAUAGAUGCACAAAAGUUAUACAAUCAACAUUCUUCUCUCUAGAUUUUCUAUGUUGUUGCAGUAUAAAAUCAAUUUUAUCAAUAAAUUCGUGAGUCCAGUGAA